AGCAGUGUAGUUCGCGAGAGUAGUAUCCUCGCCGUAGAAAAGGAUCAAGAAAGGAUUUUCCUCUCAACUCUCGAGUCGGUCGGAGGCGCUUUUCCUCCUUUUCCGUGCUGCUGUGCGAAGCGUAGGCGUUCGGGAAAGUGCGCGCGAGCCGUGUGGCCAAAAUCCAGGUGCAAAACGCGUGCGGUUCGUGUUGUCCUUGUCUUGCGCCCCAAGUUGAAUCUGGAAUUAACGAAGCGAUAACGAGCAGUUGAUAUCCUCCCGGAGGUCCGUGUCCUGUGCCACCUAGUGCUACCACCAGUUUCCUGCCACGAAAAUGAGUGCCAAAGUGUCGUGUUUCGUGCGCCUGCCGAGUAUGAUGUCACAGCAUGUCCGGUGCAGCUCCACCGUCGUCGUACCAGCGCUUAGUCACCGGAUACGAGGGGCCCGCUCCGUCUCCUUCUCCCCAAGAGGAAGAGGCCUUCUCGGAACAAGCAGCUUCUUCCCGAGAAGUGACUCCCUGGCGCGGGCCUACACUCAAGCAGCGUCGACUCUCACCCGGGAGCAACUGCACGAUCUGGUGUACAGGCUAAACGAAGAUGAAAGGGAAUUGCUUAUGAACACGCUGAAGCAGUUCGAGUCGAACAAAGUGAAGGCAAAGUUUGAAGGGCAGUUGGCAGCAACCGUUUGGCGAAGUAGAUUCGGUCGUCCGUCGAAACUAAAACCGGUCCUGGGAGAUGUAGAUCCUACCGGUUCCUACUGCGCGGUGCCGGAAGAUUGGCUGCAGAAAAAGUUCGCUGAAACCGUACCACCGCCAGUAACAUCGGACCUCAUGAAACUCGGUUUGGUGAACGCCCUUCCUUUUAUCGGAUUCGGAUUUCUCGAUAACUUCACCAUGAUUAUUGCGGGUGACUACAUCGAGCAUACGCUCGGAUUAUUUAUGUGCAUAUCGACCAUGGCGGCGGCCGCACUGGGAAAUACCAUCAGCGAUGUUAUCGGCAUCGGUUCGGCGUUUUACGUGGAAAAGAUAGCGGAGAUGAGCGGCGUGAAACCACCGAAAAUGUCCCCGAUUCAACUGGAGAUGAAGUGUAGCCGGAGAGCGGCCAAUUUGGGGCGGGUGCUCGGUAUUACGAUCGGAUGCCUAUUGGGAAUGUGUCCUUUAUUAUUCAUGAACGAGGAUAAGGAAAAGGACAAGGACAAAGCGGCGAAGGCAAAGCAACCUAAGCAGCAGCAGCAGCAGCAGCAGCAGAACGACGCGACGACGCUGGUGGCUGUGGCAGACAAAUAGGCUCCUUGCUGGCGGAGCGAGAACAAAAGAGAAGAGUAGUAGUAGGAGCGGCAUCUUGAGCGCAUCCCUAUUGUGCCCACGGAAAUACCCUGUGGGUGGUUGUGGACUUUUGCCUCGUUAUUGUUGUUGGUUUUUUUUUAUUCAUUUUUGGUUUAGGUCAAUUUAGGAAUGCUCACGGUAGUGUCUGGCACGUACCAAGCGUGUCCCUACUGCUACUUGUUGCCGAGCGUAACGAAGUAACGAGAAUCGAAAACAAAAAAAGGAAAUUAAGCAGUGCUGCUCUCGCAACGAAAGGUUGGUUAGCAUUUUGUGUUGAUUGAGUAUGCGGUGAACGUACGGAUGGCGCACCCACCUGCGACUUACGGAACUGCCAGCAGAGAGAACUGCGAUUGUUCGAUCAAUUUCGUUCGAUUAUGUAAAUAUUAUCUGUCUCGAGUUACGGCCAUCUUCACCGCUCGACUUCACCAGCGUAUUAGCAACGAACGACCGCGAAAGAGCAAACGACGGAACGGCGGAACGUCGUGACGAGUUACGAGAUGCUUUUAAAAGGAUUUGUGCUUGCUUACACGGGGUGCCCUUGCCCUUAUCUCAUUGCUUCAAGUCAAAUCUGUCGAACGAGAGACCCAUACCAGGAGAGGAUCAGUUGUGGAAUUUACGCCAAUUAUUAGGCACUGUUAGAUAUUUAUUAGAAUUUUGCCUUCGCAUUCAGUUAUGCGCCGUUGUAAUUGAUUCUGUGUGUUUCACUUCUGCACAGGAGUUACGCGGUGGACGCCGCUGCGUCUCUUUUAAGCAAAUGCUAAGAAUUUAUUAUUGCAACUAAUUGUGCCCGAUUGCGUGUUCCAUUGUUACUACCAUUAACUCUUAGGAUCUUUACCUCUACAUCUUAGAAAGACUAGUAAAACUAGUCGGUUAAUCGAAUCUAUUCGUUUAUUUUUUAUCCAAGCCAAUUCUCUAGAUAAUUUACAAAAAGCAUUCCUGAAUGGGACGGUUUAUGUAAAAUAUGCUUUUUAAACGACAAAAAACAUAGUUUUGCUCUUACUGUUCGCUGCAGAAUAUGUUGUGUUAAGGAUUCUCAAUGCUCGAAGAGUGCUUAGCUACGAAAUACAUAAGAUGACAAUUUCUUGUUCAAAAUGAGGCAGUUAACCGCUAGCCAGAGUAAAAGGGAAGCGAUCGGGUCCAUAGAAGGGUAGAAACAUGCAGGAAUACUUAAGUCGAUUAGGGUAUAUAGACUAUCAUUGGAAUAGCUUUCUGGAAAUCAGAGACCAAUUAUUCGAUAGACAUUACAGAAGAAUUACAAACAAAAAACAAAAAAACUACCAAUAUUGUGAACGUUAAAGUAAUCUAAGAACGCUCCAAGCGCUCCAAAUGAGCAGCCAUGUAGACAACAUCUCCGCACGGAGACACACCAUUUUCCAUAAAGUCAUUAAAGUAAUGAUCGGUUGUGCGUAGACAUGGCCGGAGAGAGAAAUAGAGAGAGAGAGAGAGAGAGUAGUGGGUACACAACUCCGCAGCGUUGGAUUCGGCAUUUUCUUCGACCCUCGCAAGCCAAGAAGAAGGGUCAUGGUGGCUCCAAGGGAAUGUAGCCCCAAAAAUGCUUUAGAAGAAGUAGCUCCCAUUGUCUUUCUUAUGGAAACAAAAUUCUUCCACGGUCUAAGCCCCGCUCCCCGCCCUAUUAGCUAGUGUCGUUUAUCCGAGUGGGCAGGUGCUGAACCCUCCAUUUUUAAGCACAAUAAUAUUCUAAACUGAUAUUUCUGAACACCCUAUUACCUAUAUACCCACCCCUGGCCUUACCAUCGCACUAGUAUGGAAUGUGUAUUCGCGGAUUGUUAAACGUAAACCGAAGUAAUGCAAACAUUACACUACUAUAUCCAGACCGCCUGUGCACAUACACAGUGCACUCUUCACUAUUUUUCUAAACUACAUCACACCAAAACGUGUAGCGUUCGAUUCGUGUAUCGUUGUGAAAUAAUAAUACAUCGGAUAAUCUAACAUAGUCAAUUUAGUAGAAGAGCAAAAUCAACGAAUCAACAAUUCCCUGUCCACAAGCUGUCCUAAAUCGUCUUUCAACCUGCGCACGCAGACGGCCGAAUGUCCAUCACCUACUAACGGAAUAAAAUUAAAACAAAAACGAUCGAAAUAAACACAUAUGCUCUACAUAUGAUGGCAAGACGUAGAAGACUACUAGACAAUGGCAAACUAACGAUUACAGUUAAUCAAUCGUUCAACACACAACAAUAACAGGCAACCACGUUUCAAUUCAGAUUCAGUGAACUACACGGUAGAAUAGUCUGUGGUAAAAUCAAAUGUAGUUGAAAUAAUGUAGAGCCCAAGCAAAGUUCGCUUACUCCAUAGUACUACUGAAGAAGCACAACAACAAAAGAGAAUGCUCAAAUAGUAAAAAUAGAUAAAUACACUGAUUGCAAUAGCGCGACAGGAGAUCCCGUCACAACAUGUGUGUGUGUGUGUGUUCAUGGGAGUAGUACUGAACGCGAUCUUCGCUUCGUUGGAUGCGGUUUUAUUUGUUUGCCACGGAAAGUAGCUUCAGUGGCUUAUUAGCAUCAUUAUCAGAACCAUGGAACCCCACCGUUCCGCAGCAAUGCCCAGCAAUACUGACAAAUAGAUUUAACUCAAAUACAACACAAUUUCAAUAUCUUACCCCACCCGGUGUUUGG